GAGCAAAGAAAGCAUCCGAUACCAUUUAAAAAGCUCGAGCCCCCUUUUUUUUAAUGGCAGCAGCUCAAGCGAGUGACCUCACGAGCUCACACCGUCCUCUCUCUAAACCCUAACCCUAAUUAAUCCUAAAUUUUCCCCGCUAUGGCAACGAGAGAGGCGACGCCGCCGCCGGUAAUAGGAAAGGCCGGGCGUUACACCGUCUUCAUUACGCCGCCGGCAACUCCGAGGCCGUCGGAGGGUUCUAGAUCUCAGAGCUCCAGUCCGAGCCCGAGCCCUAAGAUCAGCCCUAGAAAUGUGGCCCCUUUGCAGUCGGAAACAUUUAGAUCUCUGAGCUCUAGCGCUAGAGAGAAGAUGAGGUCGAAUUUGAGCCCUAAGGUUGGGGUAUCUUUGCCGGUGAAGUCUCCGUCGGUGGAGCCUCCGUCUCCGAUGGUGGCGCCGCCGCCGCCGCCUGUUCAGGUUCCUCCGCCGCAAUUUGAGAAGGGAAAAGGGGGGAAGUCUGCGGGAUCGUUUGGGUUCUUUUGGGACGCUGUUGCUAAAGUGCAAAAUGCACAUUCAAGCUUAGACCAGUAUCUUGCAGAUUGGCUGGGAUUAGAUCAAUCAAGGUAUCAGUGGGCGUUGAAUGAUUAUUAUGAAAACAAUGGAUCUGCCAAGGAUGGUGGUAAGUCGAAAGAACUUGCUAGCAAAGGGCAGACCGUAUAAUAUCAACAUGUUAACGGGAUGCCAUUUGUAUGAUUUGAUAUAUCAAAGUAGAGUAUAGGAUCGCCAUUUGGAUCUUUUCCAGCGAUCUUGCCGAUGAUUGUUCCUCUUGCUGCUGCAGUAUCAGCUACAGUGUGGGAAUGGUAGUAUGAGGCUACAUAACGUAUGAAGGGCAGAAGUGCCGCCAUUCAAAAUAUUAUUAGCUUGUUUGUUGUACGUCCCCUGGAAUGAAAUGAAUUAUUAAUGGGUCACAGUUUUAUUUUGACCAAUGGCCAAGCAAGUCCCUGGUUUGUUGAAUGUUUUAAGGGUUCCAUCAUUAAUUCAGCUUGGUGGGUUUUUACUGUUU